UUAUAAGUUAAAAUAUUAAUUUGUUUUUCACAUUAUUAAUGAUCUUGCCUAAUCAAUUUUAUUUUCGUAAUUCAAUUUCAUUUUCACAAUAUUGUAAAAUCAUUUCUUUCAUUGAUAAUUUCUUCACCAAUUCCAACAUUAAUUAUCUAUUCUUGUUCUUAUCCAUUUUGGUGACCUGAAACUUUACUGUUGCGUGUUGGCCUGGGAUUUCCUUGAAUUGACAACUCUCUCAUUGGAAUUCAUGACCCUUAAUCACUCCUAUUUAGCACAAAGCGCAACAAUUCAGACACUAUCUAUCAUUAGCUAUAUGUUGCAUUUACUCUCAAAGUAUAGUUUAAGCUUCAACAGUUCCAACCUUUUCAACUAUGGCUUUCCAAUGCCAGAGAGAUGGUGAAGAUGCCCAGGCUAGGUCCCCGCAUUUUUUUAAGAUUAUCCUGGGUGACACUCGUCUAGAAGGAAAGCUUAGGGUUCCAAGAAAGUUUAUUAGCAAAUAUGGAGGUGGUCUGUCAAAUACUGCAUAUCUUAAGCUUCCCCAUGGUGCAGAAUGGAAAGUAGAGUUGACAGAUAGCGAUGGUGAGAUUUGGUUUCAAAAUGGUUGGCAUGAAUUUGCAAACUAUCACUCUCUAAAGCAGGGGCACUUGCUAGUUUUAAGAUAUGAAGGAAAUUCCCACUUUUAUGUACUCCUAUUUGAUGCGAGUGCAAAAGAAAUAGACUAUUCUUUUGAUGACAAACUCCAAGUUCCAAAGAUGGAAGAUAUUGAGAGUGAUGAUAACUCAGUUGAAAUCUUGGAUGACCUUCGCCCAAGUCGAAAAACAAGGAUGAAAUCGUCAUUAUCAUGUCCUUUGCCAAAUAAAAGGGCAAAGACCAAUCCAAGAAAUUCCAAUUUACAAGCAGGGGAUCCACAUUUCAGAGCUGAAGUCACUAAAGCUACAGGGACAAUGUUAGAGAAAUCAAAAACGAAUGCAGGGUUACCUUAUAAAGCAGAAGAAUGCAGUGGAGCUACUAGAUGCCUAAAACUUGAGGUUAUUGAGAAGAUGCAGCCAUUGUCUGUCAGUGUAAAAGAUAGAGCUCUUUAUAGAGCUAGAGCUUUUGAAUCUGGAAAUCCUUUUUUCACGGUUGUUAUGCAACCUUCAUAUUUUCAAGAUGGGAGAUUGAAUAUAUCAUCCAACUUUGCCAACAAAUACCUAAGGAAGACAAAUGAUGAUAUCAUCCUUUGGGUUUCUGAUGAGGGAAAUUGGUCCAUUCGAGUCAGAUUUAGGGAAGCCCAUACAGGAGCAAGAGCCAAAUUUUGCCAUGGUUGGAAGGCAUUUGCCCAUGAAAAUAACUUGAAAGUAGGUGAUGUUCACCUUUGAGCUGAUUAAUAGGCAUUGAAGUUGCCUUUAAAGUUGCCCUUUUCCAGGCUGGUAAAGAUAUAGACUGCCCUCUGUUGAAUGUAUCAGCUCAUGGGGGUGGAGGAAAUGGAGGACCUAAAUCUGACUGCAGUUUGGCUGAUUAUCCUGCAAAAGAAGAUGGCAGAGGAAGGUCUACCAGUCAGAGAUGCCUGAAAGUUAAGGCUUUUCAGAAGAAGAAAGAGUUGAAUAUUAAAGGAAGAGCUAGAACUAUUGAGAGAGCCAGAGCUUUUAAAUCACAAAAUCCUUUUUUCAUGGUUAUCAUGUGACCAUCAUACCUUUGUGGCAAGGGUCAUAUGCAUGUACCCCGGGGCUUUAUGAACUAUUUACCAAAAGAAGGCUUUAUCAAGGACCAUGCCAAAGGAAUUGCACGCAUUGUGAUGCUCCAGGUUGCGGACCGAUUAUGGCCUGUGAAGUUAUACAGUUAUUUAUGUGCAGGUGCAGCAUAUCAGUUCUCUUCUGGUUGGUCUGCAUUUGUGAGGGAAAAUACUUUGCAAGUAGGAGAUGUUUGUGUAUUUGAGCUUGUUAUGAUGAGGGACGACGUUGUGUUCAAAUUUCACAUUUUCAAAUGCCCGGAAUAAGUGGUUGCUUGUAUUGUGAUAGAUCA